GCCAACUAUGCACGCACUGGCAUUCUGUGUUGUUGCCUAGCGCACAACCACAUGCUCUCUGAGUGAAACGGAACCGCCUCUACUAUUUUUCCUUCCUCUACGACGUUCACCAGCCACGAAUUCCAGUUUGCAGCAGAUAUCGUCUUUUUUGAACACGACUCUUCGACGUCCGUGUCUCGGACGGCAAUGUCUUCUGGGGGCACGUACGAGUCUGUCUUUAACACAUCAUCGCGGGAUGGGGAUUACGUCGGGGAUUACUUCAAGUUCUUCGUGUUCCUCCUCGUAGCCGCGUGCCUGAAGACAAUCCAGCGCCAGAUCCGCAUCCCCUACACUACGGUGGUGUACAUCCUGACGACAGCGCUCAUCAGCAGCAUGGUGAAGACGUCCGGUGAAACCAUCACUAUGUCGAAGGGAUUCCUGGGCGCCGUCGGGUCACAGGCUAUCAAGGUUUUCGUACCGGCUUUCGUCGUCCAUACAACGCAGGGCAUCAACAGCUACAUUUUCCGACGAUGUCACCUUGAGAUCAUUGUCUUCUCCAUUGGAACCUUCAGCAUGACCGCCGUCAUGACGUACCUGUACGCUUCUAAGCGGAUAGCAGAGAACUGGGCGUGGAGAGAAACCUUUUUCUUCGCCCUUUUUUUGUGCUCCGUGGAACGCAUGCCGCUCAGCGAUGUCCUCUUCGACGAAGGCCGGUUUCCUGUGAUCGCUACAAUGAUCCAGUCGGAAGCUCUGUUCAACACCGCCAUCACAUGGUUCCUGUACGGAUUAUAUGGUUCCUCUCCCGGAACCGCUGGAAGCCCCAAUCAAAACAGUGAGGUGAUGUUCACCCUUCACAGCCAGGUCGUAGCACUCUUUGUCGGUGCAGUUAUGGGGGGUGUGGCAAUCACGGCACUGCGUGUAAUCCCAUUUGGUAGCGACUCUUCCAUCAUAGUACUCCUGUGCGCCACCUACUUCACCUAUUUCUUCCUCGAGUCCAUUGGCAGCUCUGGUGUUACUGGUGUCAUCACCUGCACCAUGAUCGUCAACGCCCACCGUUUAAUCUCCUGCACAGAGCUUCAAGAUACCCUGGAAGACUAUUGGGCCGUGCUGUUUGAUGUUUCCGGGACAUUGGCGACAUUUGUGGCGGCGAUUUACACAGCCUUCAUGAUUUCGCACUAUUUCGGGGGUCUUGCCUACUCAGAGCUCUUCAUUUGCUAUGUUGCCAGAAUGUGCAUGCGGUUCAUCGCAGUCGCUCUGCUCUACCCAGUGAUGGGACAUUUCGGCUAUCGCAUUACAGUCAAGCAGGCGCUCGUGCUCAUAUGGAUGGGAGUGAAGGGAACCUACACCAUGUCCUUUGCCACACUCUAUCAUAUGAGCAAUUCCAACAUCCAUACCGAGAUGGUGUUGAAGUCAUUUGUGUUCAUCGCUUGGGACAUGCUGCUUAGUCAGGUUAUCAAUGUCUCACUCUUGCCUUGCAUCCUUCGAACGUUGGGUGUGAUCGAGGUUUCCGAAGUGGAGUGGAACACAAUGAGGGAAGCAGUCAUGUACAUCCAGGAGGCUGCCGACACAGCGAGGGUCAUUAACCACAGCGAUCCCAAUUUUCUGCUGGCCGAUUGGAAAUGGGUGAAGAACCACACGCGUAUCAUCAAUCCUCUGGAGGGAUCCUUUCGCUUCCACGCCAGGCGCUCUAAACGUGACAAGCGGAAAUCAAGUUCGAGGCAGUUGGAGAAACAGAGCGAGACUUUGGCCGUCGAGAACGUUCUCCGAAUAGAAUCGGUGAGCUUCGCUCGGCAACACAGGGAGGGAACCAUUCAGAAGAAGACAAUGAUGGCACUGUUGGCAGCAUUGCAAUAUCCUUACGACAAGAAAAUAUACUUGGACAUCGACAUCAUCAACUCUCUUGUCGAUAUUCCUGGGUGGAUCAUGCGGAUAAAGGGUCUUAUUGCCGAACCAACUGGCGAAGAGGAUCUUGUGUCCGACGAGAGCGCUUCGCUGUCCGAACGAAUUGCCAAGCCUCUGAGAGAAAAGUUGAUGGACCUCUUCGAACACGAGUACUACGAGAUGGUCAUCACUAACACGUCGCUCUCAUUUGUGCUCGUCUUGUGGGGAACCCUGGAAGCCAUUCAUGCGUAUCAUGAAUACAAUAUUUGGUUUGUGAUUGCCCUGGAAUUCUUCUACCUCACCAUGUUCUUAGUAGAAGUGGCCCUCAUGAUUUCGGCGUACGGGCAGAAGUUGGUAAACCUGGACAACUACAACAAGCUCGAUCUGAUCCUCGUUGCCAUCUGCUUCUGCUUGUUCAUGGUACAAAGUACGAUGUCGGCCGCAUCAAUGACACAGGCGCUCCAGGAGGGGAUUUCCGUCGCUUACAUCGCUGUUGUCGCAGCACGUCUUGUACAUGCUGUCAAAUACAUUGAGCUCAUAGGCGUAUGGGCAGCGUAUCUGCUCCACCGUUACUUAAACGCCGUCAUCUAUUGCGCCUAUGAAGCAGGGCAUGCCAUCGUGACUGGGGAGGAAGAGGUGCAGAAGAACGUCUGGAAAUUCGUAGACUCCCCUGACCUAGCCAUGGAGAUCCGUAGUAGGGCAACGGUCAACAGGUUGUCGGUACUACAUAAACUGGCUAUCAUCCAAUCCCGCUUUCCCGGAAUCGUGGUAGCCUUCCGUAGCCGCCAGGCGAGCACUGCUAUCCUAGGAGACUUGACCCGCCAACUGGCCGACAUGCAGAUGGACGGUCUUGUCGACGGCGAUGACUACCGACUGCUCCGUCUGAAAAUUCAGGCGAGACACAUGCGCAUAAUCGGCGAAGCCUGCAGCCUGCCCACAAGUUACAAGCCCAUUGCCAUGCUCAGAGUCAUUCCGUGGAUCAACUCGGACAUAAUACGCCAGUUUCUAGCGAUAAAGAUAAAGCCAGUCUCUUUCGGUCCCUGCGAUGUUAUCGUGGAGCGAGGCGAGGAGAACCCUAUUAUACUGACGUAUUCUGGUAUCUUAAAAAUCGAAGGGGAACACGAGGAACGCGGCGAUGGCGCCCUACCGAAUUCUGCGUCGCUCUCAUUUUAUUUCAACGAAGGCUAUUUUGUCGACUACGUUGCUUCACCCGCCUGCAUCGGAGAACUCGGCCUCAUCACCGAGGAAAUUUCUAUCACGAGGGUCGUUGCUGAAACUCAAAUCAAUGCUUACAUGGUACCUAGGGAGCGUGUGAUAAAGGCGAUGGAGAUAUUCACUCGCCCGCCCAGUUUUCUUUACCAGAUCUGGGCGCACAUCGCCAAAAAUAUUGGUCUGCUAAUCCUCCAGACCCAUCCCAAAUACCAGACGUGGCCAGCAGGACGCAUCAGGCGCCGUCUGGAGUCUUUUCUGAUGCCAAACCUGGAGAAUGCGUCCAAGCUGAUUCUCACUCCAGAUAUCCACGAUACUCUUCUCAUCCAGGGUGUCGCCAUCGACACCGAAUCUCAGGAGACCCUCACAGGGCCCAUGUAUAUUCCUCACCGCGUACGGAGGCUUAGUUUUCCGGGUAUCUACCACCACCGCGUUCGUCCGCUCCUCCUGAUCAUCGCAGACAAACGUUACCGGCUGCCCCCGGAGUUGGAUUGGCUGCGCCCUUGUGAAGGGGCCGAGGAUGACGAAGGCCAAUAUCGGGAGUACAUGAAUAAGGAAUUCGGGCAACAAGAACAGCCUCAGGUCUUCGUGGAGGAUGAAGAUUAACGCCUACUACAUGUCAUAUUUAUGAAUAAGGAAAAUAUAAUAGUCGGUGCUUAACACGCA